CGCUCGCUGCGUGCGUCCCGGAGCCGGACCGGGGCCACCGCGCCCGCUCUGCUCCGAUCCCGCGCCCCCUGGACAGCCGCCCUCUCCUCCAGGCCCGUGGGGCUGGCCCUGCCCCGCUGAACUUCCCGGGAUGAGGACUCUCGGUGUGGUCACCGGGCGCGCCCUAGGUCGCUAAGGGACCCCGGCCAGGCUCGGAGAUGGGGGUGCACGAAUGUCCUGCCUGGCUGUGGCUUCUCCUGUCUCUACUGUCGCUCCCUCUGGGCCUCCCAGUCCCGGGCACCCCACCACGCCUCAUCUGUGACAGCCGAGUCCUGGAGAGGUACCUCUUGGAGGCCAAGGAGGCCGAGAAUGUCACGAUGGGCUGUUCCGAAAGCUGCAGCUUGAAUGAGAAUAUCACCGUGCCAGACACCAAAGUUAACUUCUAUGCCUGGAAGAGGAUGGAGGUCGGGCAGCAGGCUGUAGAAGUCUGGCAGGGCCUGGCCCUGCUCUCGGAAGCUGUCCUGCGGGGCCAGGCCGUGUUGGCCAACUCUUCCCAGCCUUUUGAGCCCCUGCAGCUGCACGUGGAUAAAGCCAUCAGUGGCCUUCGCAGCAUCACCACUCUGCUUCGGGCGCUGGGAGCCCAGCAGGAAGCCAUCUCCCUCCCAGAUGCGGCCUCGGCUGCUCCACUCCGAACCAUCACUGCUGACACUUUCUGCAAACUCUUCCGAGUCUACUCCAAUUUCCUCCGGGGAAAGCUGAAGCUGUACACGGGGGAGGCCUGCAGGAGAGGGGACAGAUGACCAGGUGCGUCCAGCUGGGCACAUCCACCACCUCCCUCAGCAACACUGCCUGUGCCACACCUUCCUUCACCACUCCCGAACCCCAUCGAGGGGCUCUCAGCUAAGCGCCAGCCUGUCCCAUGGACACUCCAGUGCCAGCAAUGACAUCUCAGGGGCCAGAGGAACUGUCCAGAGCACAACUCUGAGAUCUAAGGAUGUCGCAGGGCCAACUUGAGGGCCCAGAGCAGGAAGCAUUCAGAGAGCAGCUUUAAACUCAGGAGGAGAGAUAAUGCUGGGAAAACACCUGAGCUCACUCGGCACCCUGCAAAAUUUGAUGCCAGGACACGCUUUGGAGGCAAUUUACCUGUUUUUGUGCCUACCAUCAGGGACAGGAUGACCUGGAGAACUUAGGUGGCAAGCUGUGACUUCUCCAGGUCUCACGGGCACUCCCUUGGUGGCAAGAGCCCCCUUGACACUGAGAGAAUAUUUUGCAAUCUGCAGCAGGAAAAAUUACAGACAGGUUUUGGAGGUUGGAGGGUACUUGACAGGUGUGUGGGGAAGCAGGGCGGUAGGGGUGGAGCUGGGAUGCGAGUGGGAACCGUGAAGACAGGAUGGGGGCUGGCCUCUGGUUCUCGUGGGGUCCGAGCUUUGUGUAUUCUUCAAUCUCACUGGCAAGAACUGAAACCACAGAUAUGACUCUUGGCUUUUCUGUUUUCCGGGAACCUCCAAAUCCCCUGGCUCUGUCCCACUCCUGGCAGCAGUGCAGCAGGUCCAGGUCCGGGAAACGAGGGGUGGAGGGGGCUGGGCCCUACGUGCUGUCUCACACAGCCUGUCUGACCUCUUGACCCUACCGGGCCUGAGGCCACAAGCUCUGCCUACGCUGGUCAAUAAGGUGGCUCCAUUCAAGGCCUCACCGCAGUGAGGCAGCUGCCAACCCUGCCCAGGGCAAGCCUGCGGUGCACUGAGAUUGUCAUCAAGGAGAGGGAGCCCAGAGGAUGGGUCCCUUUGGGGGUUUUGGGGGCUGAUAACAGCUGCCAACCCUGGUCACUGGCCCUUGUUAACUUCUGCCUCUUCUUUGGUCUCUUCGGCUGAUGCCACACUCCCAGCAUCAGCCUUCCGCCUCAAUGCACACCCCUGCUAAGUCCAGCUGCCUCCUUUACUCACUUGGAGACUGUCACCAUGAAUGCUGUCCUCUGAAAUUCACAAAAGGGGCGGUACAUACAGGUGCGGUUGGAGCCACCUCUAUAGACAGCAUCUGCUCAGGGACAAGGGUCACUCUAGGUGGUUCAUUUAUAUAUUUGUGAUUUUGUUUGUUUGUUUUUAGAGACAGUGUCUUGCUCUGUUGCCCAGGCUGGAGUGCAGUGGUGCAAUCAUGGGUCACUGCAGCCUCAAACUCCUGGGCUCAAGCAAUCCUCCGGUCCCAGACUCCUGAGUAGAUGUGACUAAAGGCAUGCAUUGCCAUGCCCUGCUAAUUUCUUAGUUAUUUUAAUUUUUUUUAGAGAUAGAG